GCGCGGGAGCUUGCGCGAGCUGGUCCAGCACAGCGGCGGAGACAGCGGUCACACGUUAGCCGUCAGGGACUCGUGCGUGGUUAUUCUGCGGUUUGAAGUCCUCGUGAGGAUUGAGAGGUGCGGAUUUGACCCAGCAGACGGGAGGGCGCUCGAGCUCCACCGUUUUUCACGCACGGCACGCACGUAGACCCGGUGAAAUCGUCACGCGGAUUGAAUCUGUGGAAUCUGUCGCGAGCGUUCUUGCGCGGCCAGAGAGCAUCCCGAUAGAGCGCAAGGUCCGGUCGGUCGGUCGGUAGGUGGGUCGGUCGGUGGUCAGUGUGGGGUCUCGAGCACCGAGCGUGCAGGGGGAGGUAAAGGGCGGGACUUUGCGCUGGACUCCUGGCCGAACCGGAGCAGCCCACUCCCGGCACCAGCACCCAUCCCUCCGCGCCUCGGCUCCAGCGGGAGGCCCGGAGCGGCGGCAGGAUGUAGCAGCGGAUUAACGGAGGAGAGAGGGGCGCUCAGAGGAAGAGAGCGGGACCGAGCGGACAGAGGAGGGACGGAGGGGACAUGGGGAAGGACCAGGAGCUGCUCCAGGCCGUCAAGACCGAGGACUUGCUGACAGCUCAGCGGCUUCUACAGAGACCUCGGCCAGGGAAAGCCAAGCUCCUCGGAGCAGCAAAACGGGUGAAUGUCAACAUCCAGGAUGCAGACGGGUUGUCGCCGCUGCAUCAUGCUGCUCUGAGCGGGAACAAGGAGCUCAUCUCUCUGCUGCUGGAGGCCCAGGCAGCAGUGGAUAUUAAAGACCACAAAGGGAUGCGUCCUCUGCAUUACGCUGCAUGGCAGGGGAAGACUGAGCCGAUGAAAAUGCUGCUGAAGGCGGGCUCGUCCGUCAACGGGCAGUCAGAUGAAGGACAGAUCCCCCUCCACCUUUCAUCUCAGCACGGACACUACGACGGGUCGGAGAUGCUGCUACAACACCAGUCCAACCCGUGUAUAUCAGACGCAGCGGGGAAAACGCCACUGGACCUCGCCUGUGAAUUUGGACGAGUUGCAGUGGUCCAGCUCCUGCUCAGCAGUAACAUGUGUGCAGCCAUGCUGGAACCAAAACCCUCAGACCCCAACGGAGUAUCACCUCUUCAUCUCGCUGCUAAAAAUGGACACAUUGAUGUAAUACGGUUGCUCAUUCAGGCUGGUAUUGACAUCAACAGACAGUCGGAGUCUGGCACAGCGCUACAUCAGGCGGCCCUCUGUGGGAAGACAGAGGUAGUACGCCUGCUGCUGGAUAGCGGCAUCAGCGCGGGAGUGAGAAACACUCUGAGUCAAACCGCCCUGGAUAUUGUUAACCAGUUCACCACCACACAGGCCAGCCGAGAGAUCAAACAACUGCUCAGAGAUGCUUCAGCAGCAAUGCAGGUGCGUGCUCUGAAGGAUUACUGCAACAACUACGACCUCACCAGUCUUAACAUCAAAGCUGGAGACAUUAUCACGGUUUUAGAGCAGCACUCUGACGGCCGAUGGAAAGGUUGUAUUCACGAUAAUCGCACAGGAAAUGACCGUGUUGGUUACUUCCCCUCCAACAUGGUGGAAGUCAUCAAGAGGGCAGGUCACUCCCCCUCCCAGCAGUGCCACACCCUCCUCCUCCGCAGGCCCAACCCCUGCCCCAUCGCCUCAGCCAACGGACACUCAUACCCCCCCACCAAAGUCCUCCCCCUGCAUCUGACUCCCCCUCCUUCAUCCCCUUCCAACACACAGUCCCUCCCUCGGUUCUCCUCAUUUGGGUACGUUCCUCUCCCCAUCUCUCCUCCUUCUCUGUCUACUCCUCCUCCUCCUCCUCCUCCUCUCUCCACUUCUCAGGAGCAGCAGAGUCAGACAGGGUCACGCACUGCAGAGCUGAGUCCUCAAGGCUCUCCCACUCUGGGACAGCAGAGCAGCACCAGCGAGGAUAUAUGGGUGCUUCGCAAACCGCUGGCAGGUGGCGAGCGCAGUGGCAGUGUAGGCAGCCUCGGCAGCGUUCGCUCAUCGAGCAGCAUGCAGGGCUCCGGAAACACACAUGUGCUGACCACGCCUGCACCCAGUCCACACCCGGCGAACACACCAGGAGUCAACACGCACGGCCUUAACGCUCCGGGCCUGCAUGCACAAGCUGAAGGGGUCAAACUCCUGGCCACUGUGCUGUCUCAAUCGGUCAAAGCCAAGGAACAUCUCUUGGAGCAGUCGCAGUCUGUCGAGCAGUCAGCGAGUUCCUCCAGCCACCCGGUUCAUGAGCCCCGGCAGUUUGAUCGGAAGGCAGAGGAGGAUGAUGGGAAAAAGCAGGCAGUAGUGGCGUGGCUGGGUGAGUUUCAGCUGCAGUUCUACACCACCCACUUCCUCACCGCCGGAUAUGAUCUAGACACCAUUAGCCGCAUGACCCCUGAGGACCUGACGGCAAUCGGGGUCAUGAAGCCUGGACAUCGAAAGAAGUUGACAUCAGAGAUCAGCAAGCUGCCCUCCACAGACUGGCUGCCGGACCACAAGCCUGCCAAUCUGGCGGAAUGGCUGUCUCACCUGGGUCUCAGUCAGUACUAUCAGGUCCUGGUGCAGAACGGAUAUGAAAACAUUGACUUCAUCUCUGACAUCAGCCUGGAGGAUCUGCAGGAGAUCGGGAUUACUAAACUUGGCCAUCAGAAGAAGCUGAUGUUGGGGGUGAGGAGACUGAAGGAGCUGCAGAGAGGAGUAAGCAGCUCUGAGCCUCCUCAGAGCCCCUCUACCCCUCCCUCCAGCCCCGGGAGCAGCACCGGCUCAGAGCCUCGCAGGGAGGCCAAGAGGCUGAGAGAAGGAGCCCCCAGCCCAUUGGCCAAACCCCGUCCAGGUCUCACACAUCAACAGACCCCGCCCCUCACACCUACACAAACGCCACCACAGACGCCGCCUCACACCCGCACCCAGCAGGCCUCCCCCAGGGCUCGACCCCGCCCCUCCACUCAGAUGGCGACGCCAGAUUCGCCAGUCCCACUGCUCCGCCUACCCUGUGAGGAGGAGGAGCGAAGGAGAACUCACAGUUUGAUUGGCUCAGAGUCAGACUCUCGAUACGCCACAGUGUGCCGCAGCAGCUCUGCACGCACUGCCGCCUCCAAUGAUGUCACUGUCAACCGCAGCCAAUCAUCCGUCACUCUUCGACCUCGUCGGAAAGGACGGCCCCCAACUCCACCCAAAAGGUCCUGUUCUUCCAUCACUGGGGGUGACGGGGAAGGGGAGGCACAGGAGGAGGGGCUUCUAGGGCUGCCAGCCUAUCGGGAGCGGCGAGCCAGUGACUGCGGCAGUCUGGGAGCAGCUUUGAGAUCUCAGGAGUCAGGGGGUCUGGAGAGGUCAGAGGGGGCCUCUGGGAGUGUCCGCAGUCUUGCUGCCAUGCUGGAAACAUCCAUGGUGGGUGGGGCUAAAACCCUUCCAAGGAACAUGGGAGGCAGCAACAGCUACCUGCAGGUGAGUCCGCCCAUGCUUCGGCGGCAGGCACAUGCAGGCGGUCUAGGCUCUGAGGAGGAUGACAUCUUGAAUCGGCGUCGGACCAUCAGUGGACCAGAAGCCCUCCCUGCUGAUCAGACUGAUGCGUCACCGCGCCAACCAGCUCAGCCGCGUCCAGAACCCCGCCCUCGCUCCACCGUGGUCUCCUCUUCAACUUCAGAGAUUACUGACGGAACAGCGACGCUCCGAAGGAAGCCGCGUCUGCUUGAAACAGACUCUGAGGCACCCGCAUCCACGGUGACCACUGUCGUUACCAUGACAACCGGUACAGAUACCAUCCGCAGGAGGCAGCGCGCGUCCGAGCACACAGAAACCGCCAAUCAAAGCAAUAAGCAACCGCACCCUCCCAGCAGUCAGACGGACAGUAGCAGGAAAGCAGGAGGUGAGCUGCAGCAGAACGGGGGCGUGGUCCUGAGGAGGAGGCCGGUGUCCGACGUCUCUGAUAGGACGGAGACAAACAGGGAGAGCUGUGAGUGGAUGGAGGCCCGGAAGUCUCUGAAGCCGCCAGUUUCACCCAAACCAUCCACAGUUGCCCUGAGGAAGACGCAAGCUGAUCCGCCAACCCCAACUCGCAGGGUCCCCAUACCGGGGCCGGACACCACAGAGACGGCACAGAGUCCAGAGCCAAAGCGUGUCCCUCCUCCCGUGUCCCCCAAACCCCGCGGGCCUCCAACAGCACCCAAACCAGGCAAAGCAAUAGUAGCUUCAGCUACACAGAGCCCCAGUCCUGCUGCUACCAGCCCAGCUGCUGCCAGCCCCACCCCGGCCCCCAAACCCUCCUCUCCUCUCUCCACUGCUCCUCUUCCUGCCCCUGAGACCCCCUCUGGUCCUUCCCUCUCUCCAGGACUCCCUCUUACCUCCCCCUCUCCAGCCCAGAGCCCCUCCACCCCGUCUCCACACCCUGUCAAGCCUCCUCGCUCCUCCAUCGCCGGCCUCUCCAUCGAUCUCAUAGGUGGACGGGAAGCAGAGGAGGAAGAGGAAAGGAGGCGAGAGGAGGAGGAGAGGAGGAAAGAGAAAGAGCAAAAGAGGCAAAAGGAGCAGGAAGAGGAGGAGGAGGAGAGGAAGAGAGCGGAGGCAGAAAAUGUGAGAGAGGUGGAGGGCCAAGCAGAGGAGGAGGAGCAGAAAGAGGAGGUGAAGCAUCGUUUGGAGGAGACCAGUGCCUCCUUGGCUGCAGCUGUGCAGGCUGUGGAGCAUAAAAUCAAAGAGGAGGACAAACAAAACGACUCUCUUUCCAGCAAAAAGGAGACGGCCUCCAUCUUGGACGACAUCGGCAGCAUGUUUGACGACUUGGCAGACCAACUGGAUGCAAUGCUCGACUGAUCCGCUGCCCACGUCCCGUCUCAAACCAAGCCCUUUACCCCCACCUUUCCUAUCCCUUAUCAUGUGUAGGUGUAUCAACAAAACUCUCCCAAGGCUCGACGCUGCUGGCGCUCUGCGAGUGUGUGCGUGUGAGUUUGAGUGUGUUUGAGCGCUUCUCAUGUAGCCUUGUACAGCAAAAUCACCGAGGAGGGAGACCUCUUCGUCUGGUGCGGUAGCUCUAGAACGCCUCCUGACACGAGGAGGCCGCUCCCACACAACCUCUGACCUCUGCAGCCCAGCGAGCCGCCGCCACCUCUGAGUCUGAGAGGGCUGCAUGGACCGAGAAGCACAAUCAUUUUCCUCAUCCUUUUAUCUCCACAGACUCUGGCUAGGACAGAGACGUUAACCCAGUCAGACAGGGAGACAGACAGAUAAGCAUAUUGCUUGCAAAAAUAAGCACAUGAACUGACUGACAGGCGGAUAAGAUAGCGGGAUCGAUAGACAGGAUGCAUACAGAUGAGAUACCAGCGAGAGUUUUAAAAAAAAAAGCACACAGAAAGACGGGCCGCUUUCUGAGUCUGUCUCACUCAUGAGAUGUCAAAAAAGAUGCAUUUUUCCAGAUUCUUCUUCUGUGUGAGUGGAGGAUUGUGGUUAACCAGAAACUUCCUGACUUGUGUGUCGUCUUUCUUCAUGUUGUUGUUGUUGCCGUUGUUGUUACCGUUGCCGUUGUUGUCGUUACGAGUGUAUGUAGUUCCUGCUGAUGCUCAUGUCAAUGUCCUCCCACUCGUACAGUAGCUAUUCUAACGAUCAGAACGACGAUAUAGAUGUGUGUCCAUGAAAUUUGAGACACCCGCACACGUUCACUCACAUACAGAUAAAGGCAUUUCAUUGGUGGUGACUUUGCUGGUGUUGGUGUGUAGCUCCGUCUAUGGAGGUUUGCUUGGAAAUGAAUCUGCAAAUACACAUGCACAUGCAAUGACACACAGACUCAUGCGUUGUUUCCCUUUGUCCUGCUGCAGUGAACAGUGUUUUUAAAAAGAUAGUCCUAUAUUUCAAUGCUUUAUAUAGUACAUCCAGUAUACAUACAUAGAGUUUCUAAUAUACCUGGGUAUUUGAGCUGUUAGAGCUCCCUCUAGUGUUGGUUAGUGAAACUGCCUCUAAUCUUCCCACCUACCAUCCUGCCUCCUCAUUUCUUUUCUCCCUUUGAUACCUCCUUCUUUUUGUUCACUUUACAUCUCUCUGUGCCUUGGUAGUGUUCUCUCAUAUAUUCAGAUUUACUUUUAUAUCCCCAUUUUUUCUUAUUAUUUCCAUUUUAAUUGUUUUUUUCUGGCUCCUUGUGUAUGUGUGUGACGUCAGAAGUAGGUUAUAGUUUGAGUUUUGUGUCUGCAUUCCUCCUGUAAACAUUGAAAAGCAUUGUAAGAGCCCUCUGCCACCCCCUGGACCCCUCCUGUAAGCUGUAAUAAAUUGGCUCUGCUCCUUCCCGGUUUUCAGUGGUCCCCCAUGUAGGCCAAACAGUGGAUCAAGCACCAGUGUUCACCCCAAUGAAGAGUCCACUUGUAUUUUUAUGCUCUUUGAAAACAAAGAUAUAUUUGAGAGACAGAUGGUUCUAUGUGAAUAAUAAUAAUAAUAAUAAUAAUAAUAAAGAUAAUAAUAAUGAUGAUGAUGAUGAUAGUUAUAGAUAUUAAAUUGAGGCGAGCUGAUUGAGCCUGUACAUUUCUGGUUGAGUUCUGGAUGUGUUGUGACGGCUUUCGUGCCAUGGUUGGGUUUAGGUUGUGUUUCUGCUGUGACGAUGCA